AUGGACGUAUUAUCCGAAACGAAGUCUAAACCGCUUUCCACGCUGUCAGUAUUCAGCUUUAUACCGCCCCGAAGGACAGAGCCCAAAGAAAUGCGGUAUUUCAAUUGCAGCCCUAAGGCCCCAGAGAGGUCUCUGUAUGACUGUUUACAUCAGAGCACUGAGGGCUAUGAUAACAAACUCCACCGUGAUGACAGAAAACACGCCAAAUCCCGGGGCCUGGACAUCUUCAGUGAGGAAUCAUCUAGACCAGCACCUGUUCUGCCCUCUUCUGUGUAUGGCCGGUUUUCAUCACUGCAGUACGACUCAGGGAGGAGCUUUGCUCGUGUUGCUCACAUUCGUUCUGAUUUCUACAGUAAGAAUGGGAUCACCUGGACCGUGGAGGAAAGCUAUGGAUCUGUGACACCCGUCUAA